UCUUUUCCAGAAAAACAGCCCUUUCCUCAUUGGCAACUGACCAAAUUUCUCGACGUCGAACCUUCAGUGAUUGAACGAGUCGAGCAGGAAUUGAUCAAAUAUCCGGGUUGGCAUCGAAAGGAAAAUGAUUUGUACUCUCUGCAUCAGACACCCGACCUCAAGGGUCUGAGUUCCAUGAAGUAUCCUGCAAUCACCAGCUUCAGAGAUUUUCUGUACAAGGAAGUGCGCGAAUGGCUCGCAAAGACUAGCGGCAUUGAGCUGCUUGAAGAAGUCGAUUCCACAGGCAGUUGCUACGCGAGUACAGAUUGUCUUCUGACUCAUUCUGAUCAGGUUGAACACCGUCGUUUUGCUUUCGUAUACUACUUCACGGAAGAUCCGUGGGAGGAGUCGUUUGGGGGACAGACCAAUAUCUACAACUCGAACGAAAAAGACGACCCCACAACUGUUUUUGCUUCGCUGAUUCCGCAUCGCAACUCUUUACUUCUUUUCGAAGUCUCAGAGAAAUCGUGGCACUCCGUCGAAGAAGUUAUAGGUGAAGAGAAUUGUCCUCGUCUUUCCAUAAAUGGUUGGUUCCACACUGAUCGUCCAAUUGAACCGGUGAUUCGACCACCAGUCAUCCGUCCACAAAUCGCUCCUCAUGGUCAGGUGGAUCUGUCUCAGUUCUUCAGUACGCAAGUGUUGAAUGAAAAAUUAGAGAAGAAUAUGGGAGAAAUUUUUAAAACAACGAAUGAGUUGCUCAUCAAGAAUGCAUUCCAAAAAGGCUUCAAUGACGAAAUGAUGCUAGCAUUGGAGUCGGCUAAAUGGAUACAGAAGGGACCUGUGAACAAGAGAUCCAUGGCCGAAUACAAUGUUGAGGCUGGUGGUUCUGAGUGUAUUGCCAAAUUUGUACGAGCCUUACGUUCACAAACUAUGAUGGAUUAUGUGAAGAAAGUGACAGCAUCUGAAUAUGAAAACCCUCAUACGACGCUGAGAAUCUACCGCCUGACCCAUCGAUGUUAUACUGUUCUGGGAGAUGAAGACGCGGAGCAAUAUAUGAAAGAUGGGCUUUCAGCUGACUUUUGGUUCUACUUUGGUAAGUCAGACUGGAGCGAAGACGCAGGAGGAGAAGUGGUUUACAUCGAAAAAGAUGUGGAAGAACCAGUACUUCGCUGCCCUCCCACCGUUGGUGCCAUGGCCUUAGUUCGCCGCGAUAAGGAUGUCUUUCCAUUCCUCAAAUAUGUGAACCAUUUGGCGAAGCCAGAUCCUAUAUACGUCGUUGCCCUUUCGGUUUAUGGAUUGUUGCCUUCCAAAAAUGAAGAGGGAGAAUGCUCAACAAGUGCGGUCGACUCGCAAGCGAACGGCGAGAAAGUCUGAUUUGCCAACUUAUUUCGUUGAAACUGUCUUUUGAGGCUAUAUGACUGCUAUCGGGUUAGAUCUUUCUGUUACAGAAUCUGUUGUUGUUACUUUGUUGACUUAUUGUUAGCCAUGCUAGCUUUCGCAACCUAAUUGCGUUCAAAUCUAUCACUUUCACCGGUGUGUUAUGUUCAGAAUUCAGAAGAAAGUAGUCUCAGUUUAGUCCUUUGCUAAAUAAUCUAAUAAAGUUG